GUUUUCCCUCCCGGGAAGUUGCCAGAACUAAGUCUGGGCAGCGCGGCCUCCUUCCGGCUUCUCCAAGUCCUUGCGAAAAACUUUAUUGACAAAGCCGCCAGAGAACGAACAGUGGACCCGGCGAGGGGCUGGGGCUCAACUCAGGGGCGUGGCCGCUGGGCCCACGGCUGGGAGCGAGGCUUUGCUUUGCCCCGCGGUGGCCGUGUGGUCUACACUGCCUGCCGACCCAACACGCGUCCCCCCCCGUUUGAGCAGCGUCCCUCUCAGGUUGCAGGGUGAUAGGGCCUCAUGGUAGAGCCCAGAGCUGAGGCCUCAAGAUGACAGAACCCGAGACCCUGGCCCUACUGGAAGUGAAGGGGUCUGAGGCCCCGGAGAAGAGCCUGCCCCAGGCCUUGGUCCCCAACGGCCGGCAGCCAGAAGGGGAAAGUGAGGCCGAGUCCUCCAGGGCGGGGUCUUCUGCUGGGUCUCCCACAGCCGAAGAGGGGGCUGAGGAUGGUCUGGACAGCACAGUGAGCGAGGCCGCCACCCUGCCCUGGGGGACUGGCCCCCAGCCCAGCGCCCCGUUCCCAGACCCCCCCGGGUGGCGGGACAUCGAGCCCGAGCCCCUCCGGUCAGAGCCACCUACCAAGCUAGAGGAGUUGUCCGAAGAUGAUGCCAACCUGCUGCCCGAGAAGGCGGCCCGGGCCUUCGUGCCCAUCGACCUGCAGUGCAUCGAGCGGCGGCCCCAGGAGGACCUGGUGGUGCGCUGCGAGGCGGGCGAGGCCGAGCGCCGCCGGACCUGCCCACCUGCCCGGGCCGCCCAGCCUGAGCCCCUGGAGCGCAAGUGGGCCGAGGCCAUGGUGAAGCCGCCCGGCCGCUCCUGCGGGGGCUGCGGGGGCUGCGGGGGCCGGGACGGGGUGCGGGCCGUGGCUUCCGUGGGAGCCGCCUUCAUCCUCUUCCCCUGCCUGCUGUACGGGGCCUACGCCUUCCUGCCCUUCGACGCCCCGCGGCUGCCCACCAUGAGCUCCCGCCUCAUCUACACGCUGCGCUGCGGCGUCUUCGCCACCUUCCCCAUCGUGCUGGGGCUCCUGGUGUACGGGCUCAGCCUGUUGUGCUUCUCAGCCCUGCGGCCCUUCGGGGAGCCCCGGCGGGAGGUGGAGAUCCACCGGCAGUACGUGGCCCAGUCAGUCCAGCUCUUCAUCCUGUACUUCUUCAACCUGGCCGUGCUCGCCACCUACCUGCCCCAGGAGACCCUCAAGCUCCUCCCUCUGCUCACUGGUCUCUUUGCCGUCUCCCGGCUGAUCUACUGGCUGACCUUCGCCGUGGGCCGCUCCUUCCGAGGCUUCGGCUACGGCCUCACGUUCCUGCCCUUGCUGUCCAUGCUGGUGUGGAACCUGUACUACAUGUUUGUGGUGGAGCCCGAGCGCAUGCUCAGUGCAGCCGAGAGCCGCCUCGACUACCCCGACCACGCCCGCUCGGCCUCGGACCACAGGCCCCGGCCCUGGGGCUGAGGGCCCCGACCUCUC